AUGUCACUCCCCUGGGUGGAAAAGUAUCGUCCUUCAACUACAGAUGGUAUAUUUGGUCAUGAGUAUAUUCUUGAAUCUUUAAAACAAUUUAUUAAUGCCAACCAAAUACCUCAUAUGCUUUUUUAUGGUCCACCUGGCACAGGUAAAACUACAACAGCUUUGGCUAUUGUAAAACAAUUAUGUGGAACUAAAUUCUCUGCAUUAGUACUAGAGUUGAAUGCAUCAGACGAAAGAGGGAUUGAUGUUGUUAGAGAUCAAAUCAAAUCAUUUGCAUCAACACGUACCUUAUAUACUAACUGUACUAAAUUUAUUAUAUUAGAUGAAAGCGAUAAAUUAACUAAAGAUGCUCAAAAUGCACUUCGAAGAACAUUAGAGCAAUUUUCUGCAAAUUGUAGAUUUAUUUUUAUUUGUAAUGAAGUUCAUUUAAUAACUCCAGCUAUUCAAUCACGUUGUGCAAAAAUGAGAUUUGGUCCAUUAUCCCCAAAUGCUUUAACGAAAAUUGUUGAAAAUAUUACAACGAAGGAAGGAAUGGAAAUUGAUGAUGAUGCAAAAAAGUCUAUCAUAGAAAUAUCAAAAGGAGAUGCUAGAAGUAUUAUUAAUACUUUACAAGCAUUGUCAAUGACUUGUAAACAAAUUACUAAUUCAACUUUAUACACGAUGGUUGGAUUACCUACUCCAGCACAAAUCGAUGAUAUUAUUUCAGAGUUAUUAAGUUCUCCUUAUUUUGAAUCUUUUACUGUUGUAGAUAAUUUAAUUAAAGCUGGUCUUUCUUUAAAUGAUAUUAUCAUUCGUGUAGUACCUAAAUUAAUUGAAGGGAAAUUAGUCUCUGUCUUAGAUAAAACUGCCAGAAUUCAAUGUCUUUACCAACUUUCUCUUAUUGAGCAAGCAUUAUCUAUUGGUGGAAAUGAACGAACUCAAACAGCGGCUUUUGUGGCAGCCUUUCAAUUAUUACAAAUUUCAUCUCCAAUGUUAAAAAAAAAACCUAAAAGAAAACUCAAAAUUUUUAAAAUCUUUUUUAUGGCUAUCGUUGAAAAAGAAUUACAAUACAUUAAGAAAGAACGUUUCUUACAAAACAAACCUAGUACUAUGUAUUCUAAUCCUUUCAGACUUCAAUAUUUUCAUAAUGCCAAUGAAGGACCACAUGGAUUAACCAGUAUAUUUCUUAAUUAUUUUUUUGAUACUACAAUAGUCCAUAUGGCACCAUUAAAUCCUUUAGGAAGUUUUUAUUAUCAGUUAGAUGCUUUAUUAGAAUAUCACCCUCAUAUUUGCAUUGGAGAAGGAUAUGGUGCUCUUAUUUUGUAUCAUUUCUUAACUAAUCAUAAAUACGAUGGUAAUUCAGUGUUAAUGUACCUUCCUUUAUCUCUUGUACAUUCAAUUCAUCUUCCAUCUAAAGGUAAACACAUCUUAGUUUUUGAUUUAAAAGAAGUUAAUGAAAAAAAUGCUAUCAAAUUACUUCCUCAAGAAGGUGAAAUAAAUAAAGAAGAAACAGAUAGUUCAAUUUGUUUAAAGAAAGGAAAUAUUAGUAUUUAUUUAAUCAAACUUAACAAACAACAAUUUGUUAAUAUUGAAGAAGCUAAGACAAAUAAAUUUACUUUAAAAAAUGUUAUUGAAACUGAAUGA